AUGUCGUCACCCAAAGAAAAUAAAGCAAAAACUCAAAGUACUCAUAGCUCAAUGGUAUUCACGGCACCAAUCUACGCCUCCAACACCUUAUUCAUUGGUACACCACCCGCUGGUACAGCCUCACUCAUCUUAUCCGACGGUAUACCUCAAAUCUCAAAAAUUCACUUCCCAUAUCUGAUAACAGACUUGCGAGCUAUGAGAACUGAGUAA